ACGAAUUACUAUCUAAUUUAUAGCAAUACGAAUUACGAAUUAAACAAGGUGAAUUUAUAAAUCUAUUUUGGGGUUUGGUUUAUAAAUUGAAACUAUGAUAUACUGAAAAAAGCUAAUGGAUUGUAAUCAGAAAUUAAGGUUCCUUUGAGACGUAAUGGUGCAUCGACUUUUCUUAAGUCCCCAAGAGACAUGACGCCAAUCAGAAGCGAUAGACAAUAGUAAGAUUAUUUUGCGUCCAAAAUAACUUGGAAUACAUCCUUAUACGCGCCUUGACUUGCUCGACGUUCUAAUGAAAACGAAAUUCCACUGCCCGCUUCAGAGACAUUGGUAAUAUAAAUGAAAAAUCGAUUGGCUAUUCGUUGUUACCGCGGUUAUCUAACCUACGAAGUAAAUAACCACGGUCAUUUCCCGGCUAUCCAUAUGAUGAGGCUUCGUUGCCGUUUUAACUUUUUACUCCAGUACAAAAGCAUUUUCCAUUUCUAUAAUCUAUCAUAGAGUACCUAAUAAUUUCUAUCGACCGAGGUUGGUAGUACCUAUGCACGCACUCAACUCAAAGGGAAUGACGAUAGUGGCCGGUACACUGUAUACAUCAAUUACCCUUAGUCAUUGUCCCUUAGGUUUCUAGGUUAACAGCUGCUGUUUUUCCCCUACAAACGAAACAAUCAAUAAAAUACUGGCCAAUGACAUUGAAGAACACCAGACAGCUGCAGCGCUGAGUCAUGAUGUUGUUCGAACCUAUCCACCGGCACCGGGCACCAUAUAUGUGAUGAGUAAAUGUCCGUUAUUUUUUAUAUCGUCUACAGUAGUAUGACUAAUAAGUAGUUGUAAUACUAUAUUAAAUAAGUACUUAUUACUUAUACAAUACUUUUUUAUUGCUUUUUGUGAGUUUAAAUAUUUGUUGUUAACAUUCAGUUUUGUUUCUAAUUCUUUUGUAUACUGAUCCUUACUGUCCUAAAAUCACUAUGGAUUUUUUAAGGGCAAUCUGGAACUGGAUUACAGGAAAACCGGAUAUAGUUGAGCUUCCGUCCAAUAUAUUUUUUGAAAAAGACGUAUCAUCGGAAAACGACUUUUGGAUUUCUUGUAUUUUGGAUCCGACAUUAGAAAUCAAAUAUGUCAAUGGUAUUGUAACAAAACUAUUGGACACUGACAAAUGUUUAAUCAAUGACAUAUAUCAUUACCAGCCUAAAACUGAUAGAGAAAUCCGUAAUUUCCCAUAUAUUGAAGUUAAUAACCAUGUCAGAGUAUCAAUGUAUAGAAAAAAAAAUUCAAACGAUGAAUGGAAAGUUGCUAGCUGUGUUUUAUCGAAAAAUGGAUCCCACAAUCAAGCAAAUAGACUGGCUGCUCACAAAUCAGUUCAUGUAGAGUCUGAAGAACCUCCUGUUGAAAAUGAUGACACAGACAAUAAUAAUAAUAAUGAUGAUGAAGAAGAAAAUUCUAAUGUAACAAUUGAGGUGAUUGGGGAAAUGCCAAAAAUCAUUGGUUUUGAACAAGUAUCAACAGUACAGAUAUUAUUUAGAAAUAACAGUUACGUUGAAAAGCAAGAAGUGCUUGACUAUUACACAACAGUUGGAAGCAAAUCUCAGUUAUCAAUUGUUACUAAACCCAAGUUACCAAUUAUUCUUGAUGUUCAAUCUCAAUAUAUUUUUGAAAUAAACUUGGAAGGAAAAUUUCUAGGAAGAUCAACAGAAAAAGUAGAAUUUGUUUUUAAAGACAUUAUAUAUAAAGUAGGCAUACAAAUCGAAGUAGUGGACUCAAGAAUAAUUAUUCCAUUAGAUACCAAAGGUUUUACAAGACACCAAGUUGAUAUGAAGGCUUUACUUGACAUUCAAAAUGAGACAUUCGUUCCAGGGAUUCGUCCAGGGAAAAAAUCACAAUUUAAUAGAGUUAAAAUUGGGCAAUGGAACAUCAGUCCUGAAUUGAUGAAAUGUUUUUGGACAGAUGAUGGAAAGUCUAAUUUCCAAAUACACGAAAUCAAAGAGAAAGUGCAGGACCUAUAUCCUGCUGCUUUUGAGUCGCUGUGCUACCAAAAUUAUAAACAAAAAUUUCACAUACUUUUAUUCAUGGAAGAAAUUGAAAUUACUAUAGCACUACAAAAGUAUGCAAAGGAGAGAAUUCAUUUUGAACAAUGUGGUGAAUAUUUAUCAUUGAAAAUACCUGAUCUCGCAGAACAACGACCUUCAUUAGUGUGUGGAGAUUUUGUUGCAGUAACAGACCCUCCAAACUGUACUAAGUUAUUAGGUGAAAUUGGACGAUAUGAAGGUAUUAUACACAAAGUUACUGCUGACUCAUUAUUGUUAAAAUUUGAUCCAGAAUUUCAUAAUAAAUGUGGUAACUGGGACUUCAGCGUGACAUUUUUCCUUUCAAGAACACUAUAUCGAAGACAACAUGAAAUCAUCGAAGCUGUAUGGAAAAAAAAAAGUUUAGGCGAGGAAUUUUUAUUUCCUUACAAAGAAAGCAUGGAAUAUCAGCCACCUAAAAUAAUAAUGAAAUGUGAAAAUGAUGAAGAACAAGAAAAUGAGCAAGGAAACGACGAUGAUAAUAAUCAAAACAAAAAUAAAAUGUUACCGCAACCUAAGGUUAUUCAGGAAAUUAAGUGGUUUAACCAAAAACUAAAUCUCGAACAAAAAUGUGCUGUCAUAAACAUACUGAAAGGCGAAAGCAGACCAAUGCCAUAUGUCAUAUUCGGACCACCUGGUACAGGAAAAACCAUAACAUUAACAGAAGCUAUAAUUCAAGUUUACAAAGAAGUCCACAAAAGCAAAUUAUUGGUAUGUGCUCCAACAAAUUCUGCAGCUGACUUAUUGCUAAUUAAACUCGUGGAAACUGGAUUGUUUGAUACAAAUAUAAUGAAGCGUUUAGUUGGUUAUAAUUAUUUUUCAACUUCCAAUUACACUGAAGAAAUAGAAAAAUAUUGUUUUUUGCCUGAUACUGAGAAUGCAGUCAAUUAUAAUAGUUCAUCAGAAGUUAAAACUAUUAAUAGAAAUGAUGUUCUCAAAUUGAAAUUAAUAAUUACUACUGCAGGAUCAGCUUCGAUGCUAUACAUGAUGGGAAUUCCAAGUGGAACAUUUACUCAUAUAUUUGUUGACGAAGCUGGUCAAAUGACUGAACCCGAAAUAUUAUUACCUAUUUCAUUUUUAGAUACUUUACGAGAUGGACAAGUUAUUAUGGCUGGUGAUCCUAAACAGUUGGGACCUGUUGUUUUAUCAACAUUAGCAAAGAGAUCUGGUCUAGGACAAUCUAUGUUAGCCCGUUUUAUUCAUUAUCCGUCAUAUAAAAGAGAUGUAGAUCUUUUUCCUCAUAAUAAUGGUUACAAUCCUAGAGUUAUAACUCACUUGAUUCGUAAUUAUCGUUCAUUACCAGAAAUUGUUGAUGUUUUUAAUAAAUUGUUUUAUGACUCGUUGCUUACAGCAAAUAAAUUAAGCGAUAACGUACCAGAAAAAAUAAUGGUUAAUAGUGUAAAUGAAAACGCUCACUGGAAUAUUAAUUGUAAAGGGCCUGUUAUUGUGCAUGGAAUUAAAGGUGAAGAUUUUCAGGAGCCCUCUAGUCCAUCAUGGUUUAACCCUCAUGAAGCUUUUCAAGUCUUGUUAUAUACUACCAAAUUACUAAAAGCAGGCAUAUCGGGAGAAGAUAUUGGUAUUAUCACUCCAUAUAGUGCUCAGGUGUGGAAGAUCAACGAAUUAUUAAGAACGUAUCAUCCAGAAAUCACAUUGCCUAAGGUUGGCACUGUUGAAAUGUUCCAAGGUCAAGAGAGAAUGGUUAUAAUUAUAUCCAUAGUCAGAAGUAAAUCCAAAAUUGGAAGUGAGAAGGACGACAAAUUUGGUCUUGGUUUUGUCGGAUCAAAGGAACGUAUCAAUGUUUCUUUAUCAAGAGCUAAAGCUCUCUUAAUUAUUAUUGGAAAUCCAACGAACAUGUUAGCAAACAGUUAUUGGAAGAAAGUACUGAAUCAAGCUAAGGCAAAUACAAAUUAUAUUGGAUGUAACGUAACAGAAUGGACUGACUAGAAUAAUUAUGAACAAAUUCUUACCAAAAAAUAAUAAUGGGAAACAAACCAUAUUUCUUACUUAAAAUUACCAAUUUUGUUGAAUUAAUUAUAAUAAGUAAAUACUGACAUUUGUUCACAGCCUAUCGAAAUGUUAUGUAUACUUUAUAAAAUAUUUUAUUUAAAUUAUUCACAUAUCAUAUCAACGUGCAUUUCAAAUUAUUUUUUUCUAGAAUUAAGUUUACAAAUUGUUUUAAUAUUAAAUUUACAAAAAAAAAAAAAAUGAUUAUUACUUGAUAUUUUCUUUUCUAAUAUAACUUCUAUUAACAUGUUUAAAACCCUAGAACUUGCAUGUUAUACACUUAAUGCUACAUGACCACCGUUCAGUAAUCACCAAAUUAUUGUAAUUCUUUAUUGUACCA